AGCCGUGUGGCUCGGGCAGCGGGGGGAUACGCCGCGCCGAGGCGGAAUAGGGUGGUGUCCACAGUCUCGGAGGCCGUGGGAGGAGUCCCGCAUUUCGGAUGUGCUGCUAUGUGCUCCUGUUUGUGUCGGAUAGCGCUUCUUCCCCAGAUCAGAGCCUCGUCGCCUCCGAUGGAGCUGGGCAUGCCUGCGAUGCUUUUUUACAUGAACGGCUGUUAAAGCAAACGCUUUCAGAUGGUGGCCCUGAGCGGUCUGCGGUUUUAUUUAUUUGGGUUGAAAUCGCCGCCGCCUAUUCCUGCCCAGCAUGAUGGAAACCUGCUUUCUCGGAGGCAUCAGCCGUCUAGUGGUGCUUCUGGCUCUUUUGGAAACUCCGUGUGCUGGAUCGUAUACCGCAAGCACCGGCUCCGGCCACGCUGAGUGGACGGCCGCCUCGUCGCUGGCGGAGUUUGUGAGUUUCGGGACGGGUGGUACUGAGGGGCGACGUUCGGACCCCGUCCCCGUCCUGCCGAAGGAGCGGGAACCGCGCACAGACACCAACACGGUCCCCAAACACAACAUGCCCGGCAGUGUUACCAUGGAUACAGAAGGCUGGGAGUCUCACUCGCAGACCGCCAGUACCUACAUAUUCUCUGCAAUUAGCCGAGCCGGAGAGAGGACUCUCCUGUCCGUGAUCACCGACAGCACGUCUGCUUACACCCAGGAAUCCAACUCCUCAGAGGCCUCCUCUCAGACCUUUUCCCAGACAUAUCAAACAUCCACCAGGACCAUCUCCCAGACAUCUGUCCGAGGGUCACACACCACCUCCCAGCAAUCCUCCCAAACUUCUCAGAGGACUCAGCAAUCCUCCCAAACUUCUCAGAGGACUCAGCAAUCCUCCCAAACUUCUCAGAGGACUCAGCAAUCCCCUCACCAGACUUCCUCUGACACCUCCUCCCCAACUUUUUUCCAGCCCUCUUCCCAGAAUUCCUCCCAGUCCUUCCCUGGGGAAUUGAGCACUGCUAGCCAAGACUUGACAGAUGUGAUUCCCUCUUCUGAGUCUGGCCAGUUGGACACUGCAGUAUACAGCCAUCACACCAUGGCAGGUACACCUCUGAAUGGGACAGGGCAGAUGGAUCCCUCGCAGGUAUCUUUGGACACCAUCGGUCCCCUAAAUUCUACGCUGCCUAUGUCUGAUGAUGGCACAGAGAACGCAAAUGUGACCCAGUUUAACCAGCCGUCCAAAAGUGGGAUAACUCGCACCGAAUCCAGUCUUGCCGUCUCCUCUAUGCCUCCGGAUCUGUCCACAGAGGACAGCAUAACCAACACGUCUCAUCUAGAGAACCAGAGGUCGGGCACUUUACCCGCAGAGACGGACAUCACUACGGAGCCGUUCACCGGAGAUCUCAACACGGACGGCAACAAAGAAACGGCAACCAUUCAUAAUACUACAGGUAAUGUGGCUUCAACAGAAGCGCCCCCUGUGGUUAAAGGCAUGAAUACGACUGCGGAUCGUUCACUGACAAAAGUUAUGUCCAGUCAGCGCCCCCAUACCACAGAGCCAGUGCAGUCGGAAAAGACCACAGGGGCACCACCUGGCACUGAGUCAAUGGUGACGCACACGUCACAGUUAGGUGAAGGAACCACCUACAGGUCAACCCCGCCUGGUCCUGUCUCCCUCCCCCCAACACAGAGUGCGCCAAGCACCACAGCACAGGCCCGGACUCUGCCCACCACUCAUGCCACCGUACCAACAACCGAGGUGUCUCAGACCAGGGGCUCCACCCUUCAAGACCACCCUCCUUCCAGGACGGGAGGAACAUCAUCUCAGACCUCUGAGGGUCCUGCCGCCACCUCCAGACUGGACGGCAGCACUGUCCCGUCUAGAGGAAUGACCCAGCCUAGCCAAGCCACUACACUGAUGUACAGGCACACAGACCCCGUGAGGCCGACCACGGCUCACGCCUCAAGGGGCUUUGAAGAGAGGACAACGACCGAAGGCCAGAUAACUACUGCAAAAACGCCCAAGAAAUUGAGUGAGCCACCAGGCUCCCCCUGUUACGGGAAUGUGUGUUUGAACGGAGGGACAUGUGUUCUAGACCUAGGGGGCAGACCCCAGUGUGAGUGUCUCUCAGCAUGGACGGGCCAGGACUGCAGUCAGGACGUGGACGAGUGUGUGACUGGGCGCUGUCCCUCGGGCUCCGAGUGCGUAAACACGCGAGGGUCCUUCAGCUGCGAGUGCCCCCUGGGUUUCGACCUUGAGAACAGCCGGACCUGUACCCGGGCCAAGACCUUCCUGGGUACUUUCAGUUUCUCAAACGUGAACUUCAACAGCAGCCACCCCAGCAGUGCUGGACUUCAUGAAAUCCAGAGAGAGAUCCUGCUGCUGCUCAAUUCUUCACUGGCCACUCUGAAGGGCUACGGCCGAUCCGCACUCAGGAAAAACGGCACGCAGCAAAUGCACAUCGCUGUCGUCAGCAUGUUCUCCAUGGCGGCAACGGCGACGCGCCCGGAUGUGCUCACCGCCAUCCGGACUUUCCUGGGCAACUGCAGCCGGGGGACGGCCCACUGCGGCCGGCUGCUGGGCGCCAGAGUCUCCUACAGAGACCAGUCUCUGUGCCAGGCGCAGGCGGUGCAGUGUGACAUGGAUCGGACCGAAUGUGAGGACACCAGUGGCGUCGCUGUCUGCCAGUGCCGCGAUGGAUACUUCAAGCACAGCAGAGAUGACCUGUCCUGCCGAGAAUGUGGUGACGGUUUUAAACUGGAAAAUGGCACCUGUGUUCCGUGCAUGUUUGGAUUUGGGGGAUUCAACUGCGAAAACUUUUACAAGCUGAUUGCGGUGGUGGUGUCCCCAGCUGGUGGGGGCGUGCUGCUCAUCUUGGUCAUCGCUCUCAUCGUGACCUGCUGCAGGAAGGACAAAAACGACAUCAAUAAGAUCAUUUUCAAGAGUGGGGACCUGCAGAUGUGCUCCUACCCCGAGUACCCGAAAGGCAACCGGGUGUCCGUGGAGUGGGGCAGGGAAGCCAUCGAGAUGCAGGAGAACGGGAGCACGAAGAACCUCCUGCAGAUGACUGACAUUUACUACACCGCUCCCCUGAGGCACCCAGAGUGGCCUUCCCGCCAGUCCUGCAUUUACCCGGCGCAGUGGAACCCCUCCUUCAUCAGCGACGACACACGCAGGCGGGACUACUUCUGAAAGGGCCGGGGCAACGAUCAGACCACUACGAACGUCGUGAACCUGAGGGCCAGGCAUAAACGUUCCCAUGGUGCGGCAGCCUGCGUUUGUGAAGAAGUGGAUUUUUGAAAGGAGGAGUCAUUUUGCGUAGCAGAGCGUAGCUGGACCUAGCAGGGCGGUCGUGAACGGCCACUGUGAGUUGCCGUGGUAACACAAGCCAUGUGAUCAAGCCCUUUGAAAGGUGUACUGCCCUUUAAUGUCCCUCUAGUGCGUAGCAGCCGGAAUGGACCAUGUAUCUGGAGUAAAUAUUUUAUCCAAUAUACUUCCUAAGCUACAUGGUGAGUGGUUGUCCACGGCCGCCCACGCCCGGGGGGGCUCCUAAUUGCUGCUUCCGGUGAACGUCACUCACUCCUCUCUGUGUCUCUUGCUCAUUCUGAUCCUGAAGGAGCAGGCCCUCCCCUCCUUCUCGGGUUACGCCUGUUGUAACCGCAUGGCAGUCUCUGUGCCUGCAUAUCGCACUAUAAGGAACAUAUUUCUAAGGUGUAUUAUAUUUGUACCUGGUCAUAUAUUUUAGUUGGAGAGACUUUUUAUAAUUAUUUUGCUCUUUGAAAUAUGAAUUGUCUUAUUUCUGGCGUUGUAGUCAGACCUGCAUAUUUAGACAAUUAAAAUGAAAACGCUGUUUGUUGCCGCUGAA